AACAACAACUCAAACACGGUUCCUUCAACAACAACAUCAGCAGCUCCCACAACAACAAAUGCAGCAACAACAGUCACAGUAGCUGACACCACAACUACUGCCUCAACAACUACAGCUGCUGAAACAACAACGACUGCUGCUCCCACAACAACCACUGCUGCACCAACAACUACAACUCAAGCUGGAACCACACCCACAGCUGAUCCCACAACAACAAAUGCUGCAACAACCGUCACAGUAGCUGACACCACAACAACUGCCACAACAACUACAGCUGCUGAAACCACAACGACUGCUGCUCCCUCAACAUCCACAACUGAAGCGGUAACAACAACGACUGCUGCUCCCACAACAACCACAGCUGACACACAAACAACCACAGUGGCUACAACAACAACGACAUCACCGGAAACAACAACAACUGCUCAGACAACAACCACAACUGCGCAAACAACAAAUACGGUUCCUUCAACAACAUCAGCAGCUCCCACAACAACAAAUGCAGCAACAACAGUCACAGUAGCUGACACCACAACUACUGCCUCAACAACUACAGCUGCUGAAACAACAACGACUGCUGCUCCCACAACAACCACUGCUGCACCAACAACUACAACUCAAGCUGGAACCACACCCACAGCUGAUCCCACAACAACAAAUGCUGCAACAACCGUCACAGUAGCUGACACCACAACAACUGCCACAACAACUACAGCUGCUGAAACCACAACGACUGCUGCUCCCUCAACAUCCACAACUGAAGCGGUAACAACAACGACUGCUGCUCCCACAACAACCACAGCUGACACACAAACAACCACAGUGGCUACAACAACAACGACAUCACCGGAAACAACAACAACUGCUCAGACAACAACCACAACUGCGCAAACAACAAAUACGGUUCCUUCAACAACAUCAUCAGCUCCCACAACAACAAAUGCAGCAACAACAGUCACAGUAGCUGACACUACAACUACUGCCUCAACAACUACUGCUGCUGAAACAACAACGACUGCUGCUCCCACAACAACCACUGCUGCACCAACAACUACAACUGAAGCUGGAACAACAACCCCAACUGAUCCCAUAACAACAAAUGCUGCAACAACCGUCACAGUAGCUGACACUACAACUACUGCCUCAACAACUACAGCUGCUGAAACCACAACGACUGCUGCUCCCUCAACAUCCACAACUGAAGCGGUAACAACAACGACUGCUGAUCCCACAACAACCACAGCUGACACACAAACAACCACAGUGGCUACAACAACAACGACAUCACCGGAAACAACAACAACUGCUCAGACAACAACCACAACUGCGCAAACAACAAAUACGGUUCCUUCAACAACAUCAGCAGCUCCCACAACAACAAAUGCAGCAACAACAGUCACAGUAGCUGACACCACAACAACUGCCUCAACAACAACUGCUGCUGAAACAACAACGACUGCUGCUCCCACAACAACCACUGCUGCACCAACAACUACAACUGAAGCUGGAACAGCAACCACAGCUGAUCCCAUAACAACAAAUGCUGCAACAACCGUCACAGUAGCUGACACUACAACAACUGCCUCAACAACUACAGCUGCUGAAACAACGACUGCUGCUGCCUCAACAACCACAACUGAAGCAGUAACAACAACUGCUGCUCCCACAACAACCACAGCUGACACACAAACAACAACACUGACACCACAACUACUGCCUCAACAACUACAGCUGCUGAAACAACGACUGCUGCUCCCACAACAACCACUGCUGCACCAACAACUACAACUCAAGCUGGAACAACACCCACAGCUGAUCCCACAACAACAAAUGCUGCAACAACCGUCACAGUGGCUACAACAACAACGACAUCACCGGAAACAACAACAACUGCUCAGACAACAACCACAACUGCGCAAACAACAAAUACGGUUCCUUCAACAACAACAUCAGCAGCUCCCACAACAACAAAUGCAGCAACAACAGUCACAGUAGCUGACACCACAACAACUGCCUCAACAACAACUGCUGCUGAAACAACAACGACUGCUGCUCCCACAACAACCACUGCUGCACCAACAACUACAACUGAAGCUGGAACAACAACCACAGCUGAUCCCACAACAACAAAUGCUGCAACAACGGUCACAGUAGCUGACACUACAACUAUUGCCUCAACAGCUACAGCUCCUGAAACCACAACGACUACUGCUCCCUCAACAUCCAUAACUGAAGCUGUAACAACAACGACUGCUGCUAUCACAACAACCACAGCUGACACACAAACAACAACAGUGGCUACAACAACAAUGACAUCACCGGAUACAACAACUGCUCAGACAACCACAACUGCGCAAACAACAAACACGGUUCC